CUUUCUGGGUGGCAUUUGAAAGUAAAGCGCUGAUAGGAAGAAGGCGGUUUAUUUGUGUUGCCAAACGUGCCGGCCGAGAGCGGCGGGGCUGCCCGAGGGGGAAAUGGGCGAGGUCUCCGCAUCCUGCGGGCGCUGCCGGGCGCGGGGCUGCCUCCCCCGCGGUCCCGCCGGGCUCACACCGCCUUCUAAACCCUCCGCGAGCCUCAGCAGCACACGCAGGUCAAUCGACUCCCUCUGAAUCGAGCCGGCUCGGCGAAUUAACCCAUUUAAACGGCGCGUUCCGCCGGGAAGCGCAGCCGGGCGGAACCCGCGCCGGCCACCUCGCUCCGUUUAAGCCCGCCCGAGCGGCGGCUGCUGCUGCUGCUACCCGCCCCCCCCUUCUCUUUCCUUCCCUUCCCUUCCCCUCCCUCCUUCCUGCCGCCCCGCUGAUGUCAGCAUCGCCCCCGCCGGGGCCGCCGCCUCCCCUGCACCCCCGGCACGGCGGGAGCGCCCGCAGCCGCGUUGCGGUGGGAGCCGCGCAGGGGGAAAACGCUCUUCAAGGGCUUUUUGUCUCGGCUAAUCGGCAUCUGCUCUUCCCCCGCGGUGGGGGAAAAAGCCACGUUCUCGCCUCGUUUGUUCUUUCCGCCGCCCCAGGCAUGUCUUGACAGAGCCGCGAGAGCCCCAGCGCUGCCAACGCGGGUAGCGAAAGCGUUCGAACGGGCGGUGAGAGUCGGGGCGAGCCCGGGGGGUUCCCGUGAUCACAGCCUGAACGAGGAAGAACUGGAAGAAGGGAGAGAUUGUGUUGGUUUCUCUUCUGGCUGGUUCAGCCCUCCUGGAUGGUUGCGUUCUCUCCUGCGGACACGCUGCCAAAAGGCUUGAUUCUUUUUUUCCCUGAUUGGUUUUCGUCGUGCAGGAAGAAGCACUUUUCUCCCAGUUCGCGGCUCCGCACCGAGGCAGCGGGAAUAUGCUCAUGAAGGAGUAUCGGAUCUGCAUGCCUCUGACAGUCGAAGAGUACAGAAUUGGACAGCUGUACAUGAUAAGCAAGCAUAGCCAUGAGCAGAGUGACCGAGGUGAAGGUGUGGAAGUGGUGCAGAAUGAACCCUAUGAAGAUCCACAUCAUGGUAAUGGUCAGCUAACAGAAAAGCGAGUCUAUCUCAACAGCAAACUGCCUGGCUGGGCUAGAGCAGUUGUUCCCAAAAUAUUUUAUGUUACAGAGAAGGCUUGGAAUUAUUAUCCUUAUACAAUCACGGAGUACACAUGUUCAUUUUUGCCUAAAUUCUCCAUUCACAUAGAGACAAAAUACGAGGACAACAAAGGAAGCAAUGACAGUAUUUUCGACAAAGAAGCUAAAGAUCUGGAGCGAGAAGUCUGCUUUAUCGAUAUUGCCAGUGAUGAAAUUCCGGAGCGCUAUUACAAAGAAUCAGAGGAUCCUAAAUAUUUCAAGUCACAGAAGACUGGGAGAGGCCAAUUAAAAGAAGGCUGGAGAGAGACCCAUCAGCCAAUUAUGUGUUCCUACAAACUCGUGACUGUGAAAUUUGAAGUCUGGGGACUUCAAACCAGAGUAGAGCAAUUUGUACACAAGGUGGUCAGAGAUAUCCUAUUGAUCGGUCACCGGCAGGCUUUUGCCUGGGUUGAUGAGUGGUACGACAUGACAAUGGAUGAAGUCCGAGAGUUUGAACGAGCAACUCAGGAAGCUACCAACAAGAAGAUUGGGAUUUUCCCACCUGCAAUAUCUAUCUCUAACAUUUCCAUGCCUUCUUCAACCCGCAGUGCUCCAUCUAGUGCUCCAUCAACUCCUCUCUCCACAGAUGCUCCUGAUUUCCUAACAGUUCCCAAAGAUCGGCCUCGGAAAAAGUCUGCUCCAGAAACUCUCACUCUUCCAGAUCCAGCGAAAAAAAACCUUUAAAUUAACCCAGCAUGUUUCCUCCUGAUAAGCCAUGUCUGCCACAGCAAGAGUGACAUAACUCAAUUCCUACAAAGGUCAUGGUGGUUUGUUGGUUGUUUUCUUUUGCUUAAAAUAAUCUUACUGGUGUGGAAAGAUUACUUCUUUCCUCAGACUUGAUCCCUGAGACCUUCAGAGAACUGCAUGCAAGAGAACAUAGUUUAUAUAUUCCUAAAGUAGUGUUUCAAGCCAUAUGGUGCAUCUUAUUGACGUACAAUGAAACAGUCUGAGGGGAACCCUAAAAACGAAAAUAAAUCUUUCUGUAGCAGUGUCCUGCCUACAAAUCCUCGUCUAGGUCAUAGCAUUUAUAAUUAGGCAUAGGUAUUUAGUAAAGCUGCCAAGGACUUCUGAGGCAAAUUAGUGCCAACCAGAAUGCAGGGUUAACAGGAAAAAAACCCUCCCAUUUUCUUCUUUUAUAGCUGAUUUUAAAAUCCUCCCUAUUCUCAGGCUUCUCCCGUGUGUUCAUAAACCUUUGACCUGUAACUCAUUGUUCUUGGAACACCAAUAGCAAUCACUCAGAUUCACAUUCUGCUCAAUAUGACUCAGGAUUUGGGGCCUACCUAACAAACACAAAGCUUUUCAAACCCAAAAUAUCACUGUAUUGAAGCCCCAAUUGUCAUUAAUUAAUUAUACUGACUUUGAGGCCAUUGAACUAUUUCUAUCUUGCACAGAAUUUGUAAAAGAAACCACCUAUUUCUUGUAGAUAAUGUAUUUUAAUAGCUCUCCCCUGUCCUUUUGUGAUCUCUUAAGUCCGUAUUGGUGUUCAUCAGUGGUGUUCCAUGUGUGAGAUUGAAAAAAAGCAGCUAAAUUGAGCCAGUUGAGAAGCAAACCCGAUGAAUUCUGUCUUGUCCUUGCUGGAAGAAGAGUGGUAGUGACGCUGUAAGACCUUGAAUGUAAAGGAAAGAAAAUAUGGGACUCCUUUUUUCUUUCCUCCUUCUCAUCUUUCCUAAACAGCACAAUCUCUACUGAUAGAAGGCUGGAUCCAGGAGUUACUGUUGUCUAGGGGAGAGGUGAACAAAAUCAGUCAGUUUAAAAAGGAAAUGAAUCAUGGGGCUGCUCAGCCCCGUGUAGUGUGACCUUAAGGAAAGAGAAGUGCUCUGGUCUGCGUGUGAAAUCACUCUUCAAUCUCAGGAAUUAAAAUGUGGAAAAGGAUGUUUCCCCACUAGGGAAGUGCAGGUUGUGGAAAAAGGAGAAAAAUAAACGGCAGAAGUGAUCUCUUCCUUCCUUCCUUCCUUUCAAAAUAUAAACUCGGUGAGAUCUUUCCCAGCUGACCCCAGUUUGGGGUACUUUGUUCUCUUUCCUACAAAUUGCUACUUAAUGAAUGCUGUCAGGACCUGUCUCUAGUGGUAGCUGUAGUAGAUGUUAAAUAAGCUCAAUUCCUGGUGAAUGACAGCUAUGACCUGAAUCAUGUGAUCAAAGUGGGUGAUAUUUUGUACCAGCGGUGACAUGGUACGUGGAUUUAAAAGAGGAGGGUCCUCCAGAGCUGAACCGUCACUGACUAUUGAACAAUCAGGUUGGGGAUGGCCUUCUGCCGGGACGGGAGGUUUGUGCCAUCUUCUCAGCGCAAUGCUGUGAUUUGACUGGCUUAAAUGCACUGAACUUCUCAAUGGCUGUAGAUCCAGUAGAAGUUACGUUGAAUGUGUGAUAUUUAUAGCAUAGAUUUACUAGCAGGAGAGGUAAUUCCACUGCCAAUCUGCACUGAAAACAACUGUGUAUAUUUGUUUGAUAGUUAAAAUCCUGUAGCUAGCAAAACCUGAGAGCUCUUGGUAGGUUAGCUGUGGUCUGAGUUCAUGCAUUCUCCCACUUACUGUCCAUGUUUUGCUUUUCUUUUCUUCUCAGAGCGUGUAAUUCUGUGUGAUUAGUAAACUAAUGGUGAUGAUUUUUUUGUUUAAAAAGAAGCCGCAGUAAUGGUGCAAACAUAACUUCCCUAUGGUAGUUUAUGAGUUCAGCUUUAAAAGUGUGGAGAUUAAGUAUUCAUGAUUAUAUUGGUCUAAUCUUUUUAUCAUCAUUAUUUAUUUAGUAGCAAGAUUGGAACAUUGGCAGAGAAGGGAGACCUUUGAAAACAUACAGCAUUGUUUGGUUGUUUUUUCCUUUCCUGAGUCUGACCCGUAUAAAAAUAGUUCAGGGCUGCUCCACCUCAAAGUCUAUUUUUCAAUGAAUUUUUUCCUUGUCAAAGAAACACUUUCUCGGUUCUAGUCAAAAUGUCCUUGUGGUCAUGUAUUACUGCUCUUAAAUAUGUUAUAGCUUCUGGGUUUGACACAGAUUAUUAGACCAAAACAGUCAUACCUUUACUGAUAGUCAGCAGAUUGAUUUAAAUCCCAUGUGGAUACAUUGAUAAUCGUGUUGCAGUAGGUUCGGGGAUAAAGCAUGUAUGGAAAUUAUUAACAUACCUGAAUAGGACACGUUUUAGUAGCGGCGCGACAGAGAUGUAGGCAAAAGACACUGAUCACGUCAUUGAAAAAUGACAGACUGCUUAAUGCCGUGUCUCUGUCUGCACGUGCUGCUCCCGUAGCCCGGGAUUGUUCCCCACGAUUACCAGGUUUACAGACCGAAGAGCCUGAAUUCACUGUUGGCCACAGCAAGGAUCACCAUCAGCCACGCUGCCUCCGUCUUGCUUCCUGAUGAAAGCAGAUAAAAAGAUCCGUCAUGUUUCAUUGCUUUGGAUAAGAAUUAUCCCAGAUUUUUCAUCACCUGUGUAAGCACCCUCUGCUGGAUUUUGCUUUGCUUUCCCCACCAGUCCUUACUCAUUGGGUCAAUGCAAUCUUUAAAUCUGUUUGAUUGGGGUUGUUCGGUUCGGUUGUUUUUUUAAAGCAGGAUGAUUUUUUUCUAGAAUAUUCCCAGCAAACACAAAAAACCCCCCACAAAAAUUAAAUUAAAAGGAAGGUCUGAAUGCUUCAGUACGUCCUGAGGCAAAAGGUUGUUUUCAUUACUGAUCUUUUCACAAUGCUUUCUGUUGUAUUUUCAAACAC